AUGCAAGAACGUGCUUAUACAUUGCCAUUGUAUUCAUUAUCUCAUAAUGUAUAUAAACAACUAUCCAUAUCACCUGAUACAAACACAAGUAAUAAUGACACGAAUAAUUCAGAUAAUUCAGAUCGGUCCGAACAAGUAUGCAAUUCGGAAAGUAAUUCAUCAACACCCGAACUGAAUCUUCUAUUAGAUAAGUUAACGGAACUUUUAAGGUUUCGCAAUCAUCGACACUUAUUAGCAUCACAUCAUCAUUCACAUUAUACAACUGGUCCUAAAUCGGGAACAUUUUCAUCGUCAUCAUUAGUAACAGGAACAAUUUUAAAACGUCUACAAUCUGGUUCGACUGAAUCAUUAGAUGGUCGGUCAGUUCGUACCAUAUAUCAUAAUGCCGGUGUUUCAUCAAUGAAUUCAUUAUCACAUUCUGCUAGCGCUUCAUAUUAUCCACAACAAACACAACAAAAAUCAUUGUCAUUAACAUUGACACAAUCGAGAAGUACAAAUACGAGUAAUGGAAUUAAUGAGAAAACAAAACGACGAUUACCUAAUGUACUACAGCGACUCGUCGAUGAAGGUAAUUUAAUUAAGGAAGCAGUUCGUCGUUUAAAAACUCAACGCUUCACACCUCAAUUUAGACACACCACUCCGGUAUCAACACCAAAUCAAAAUCGACAGCAACUGACGAUGCAAACGCCUACAAAAAUAAACGAUAUUCCACAACUAAAACAACAAAUGGCACCACCACGUGAACCGCCAUGUUGUUUAACACCAAAUACUCAAAAUAGUAUCAUGAUUUCGAAUCAAAUAAGCGAUCUACCGACACAAACAACAUCGUCAUCAAGUCCCUUUAGCUGGAUACCAUCUGCUGUAUUCGGUAUUACAUCGAGUAAUUCGAGUGGUAGUGGAAGCCCGUUACGUAGUUGUUUUAGUCACGAUCGCACACCAAUGGAAAUGGGUGGAGGGUGUACAAUUAGCAUUACGGGUGGAUCCGGACAUUAA